AAUUAAUUAAUUAGUUAAUUAAUUAUGCUAAUAUUAAGAAAAGCAUGGAGACACAUUGUUAAGUGGAGAGAGAAGAUUCCAAUAAUGGCUGAAUCCCUUGAACCUCCAGCAAAAAGAAUAAAAACACAAGAAGAAGAACAAGCAGAAGGCAAUGGAGUUGAAGAGAAUAAAUCAUUAUUGAAAAGACGAAAGUGUGCACUAGUCAUAGCUUAUUGUGGUAAAGGGUACAUGGGGAUGCAAAUGAACCCAGGAGUCCCUACUAUUGAAGGAGAGCUCAUGACUGCACUGUGGAAAGCAGGAGCAAUAUCUGAGGCUCAUAAAGACAGUCAGAACAAGCUCGGCUUUCAACGCUGUGGAAGAACUGACAAAGGAGUGUCAGCUGCAAGACAAGUAGUGUCACUAAAGAUGGUACCUCAUCAGUCCAUGGUCUCAGCUAUUAAUGAGCACCUCCCAGAACAAAUCAGAAUUAUUGGUUUGAAGAGGGUUUCUAAAAGUUUCAAUAGUAAGAAUGCCUGCACUUCAAGACUAUAUGAGUACUUGCUACCAACUUAUGUGUUUGCUCCUUUUAAAGCUACUAAUAUGGAUUACAGGAUUACUGCUACUGAAAUAAAUAGGAUACAAGCUUUAUUAAAUAUGUAUAAAGGCACUCACAAGUUUCACAACUUCACUUCUGGAAAAAAACCAACUGAUCCCAGUUGCCAUAGAUAUAUUAUGUCCUUUGUGAUUGGUUCACCAUUUGUUAAGAAUGAUCUUGAGUUUGUAUCACUGAAUGUUGAAGGACAGAGCUUCAUGAUUCAUCAGAUCAGGAAGAUGAUCGGAUUGGUCAUUGCAGUUGUCAGAGGCUACAUGAAUGACGACGCUAUAACUCAAGCAUUUGAACCACCUCAGACUGACAUACCUCGGGCUCCUGCUCUUGGCCUGUUUCUUGAUCAAGUUUAUUAUAAAUCUUAUAAUCGUCGUUUCGGAGAUGAUGGGGUCCACGAGAAGCUUGAAUGGACUGAAUAUGAAGAUACUGUCAGUCGUUUCAAAGAUGAAUAUAUUUACAGACACAUCAUAGAGACUGAACUCAGGGAACACGUAUUUCUCCAUUGGUUACACACAUUGCAACUUCACGAUUUCUAUAAGAGCAGACAAGAUCAAUCAACAACUCAUACCCAUGCCACUGAAGCUGAUUCUCAUACCGCUGAAGCUGAUACCCUUACCACUGAAGCUGAUUCUCAUACCGCUGAAGCUGAUACCCAUACUACUGAAGCUGAUUUGCAUACCACUGAAGCAGGAGAAAGUACUGAAGACCAGACUGAUGCUAAAACUAUUGCUGUGGCAGAUUCAGAAUCAAAAAUUUAAAAUUUACACAGAAAA